AUGCAGGUGCAGCAGCAGCAGCGGCCGUCGCGCGAUUCCCAAACCGCACCGCCCGCAAGCACGCAUGGCACAGGCACGCUGGCGACAUCGGCUGCGACGGAGGCGGCCGCCAUCCUGCCGCCCUUCCACUUCCAGGUGGGCGGGCAAUCGGUCAUCAGAAAAGUUGAGGAUCGGACAAUCUUGAAGCCAAUGGUCCGAUCCGAGCAUCAGUUCUAUGAACACAUGCCCUCUAUUUCUCCGACGCUUGUCCCCUUUGUCCCGCACUACCUGGGCACCGUCCGUCUGACCGAGUCCGGUACCCUCCUGCGAACUCGGCCAGGCCAGGGGCGCGGCAGUCGCAGCAGUUCCCAGGCUCCUUCUCGGGCCAGCUCUCCGCCCCCGCCGCAUGUCCGGUCGACGGCCCCGAGCCCCGGGCCGGGAUCCGCUGCCCGAGGCCUGACAUCUGCACAGUCAGCGGCCCCGGGGCCGGCGGCCGUCGUCCCCACGGCAGCCUCCCUCCCACGGCCGCACUCUUCGGCUUGUCUCUUUUCCUACGGCCAGGGAUCCUCGUUUGGGGGAAGCACCGGCUCCUCGUUUGGGGGAAGCACCGGCUCCUCCUUCGGCGGAAGCACCGGCUCCUCCUUCGGCGGAAGCACCGGCUCCUCGUUUGGGGGAAGCACCGGCUCCUCGUUUGGGGGAAGCACCGGCUCCUCCUUCGACGCUGCCGGCUCCUCCUUCGGCCCUGCCGGGUCUCCCUUUGGCGGCGUGACCACCCCCCUCGAUGGGAUCAGUGGUUUCUCUUCCAGUGCGACCGUUACCGGUGGCCUCCCAGCCAUGGAUGACCCCUUCUCCUCGUCCGAGGCUGAUGUCAUGUCCGGAUCACUGCUUGGUAUCGCUGGCAAUGGUAGCAGCAGUUCCACCGGGCCCGAUGAAGGCAUCCCCGAGCCGGGCCUCGGACCUCUUCCGGACAACAUGUCUUCCCUAACAGUGGGCUCCCAGGGUCCCUUCCUGGCGGCUGCCGAUGCCACCACCGGACACGAUGAGUCUGGCAGCUCCUUCGCCCAUGACCCGGGCAGUAUGGUAGCCGCUGCGGCGGCCCUUGCCACUCUGGAUGGGCAACUGCUCCACGAGCCGCUGCCCCUGCCACCACUGGCCGACUCGUCGGAUGGCGAGGACCAGUCUGACGAUGGCCAGCUCGCCCUCGAGGAGGAGCCUCUGGAUAUCGGCGCGGCCGGGCCACGGGAUCCCUUCUUGGGGGACUUCAUCGACGCGCUGCGGAGCUUCUUCCAGGUGAACAACCCCUUUCGCCGGACGGCACUUCCCUCACCGGGCGACCUGUCACCCGGUUUUCACACCUCCCCAGAACGGCCACUGCCCGGGCCACCGGCCGGCUCCUCCCUGGAUCUGGCCUCUCGGGAAAGGGCGCUCGCCAUGGCGGCCCCUGGCUCCGGGCUCCUGCCGCCCUCUGGCCAUCGCCUGGCCGAUCCUGAUGUGUCGGCCAUGCUGGCGCAGGUUCUCCCUGGCCCGGAGUCCAGGCCCGUGUCGGCUGUCGGCCCACCAACAGCCGGCUCCUCUGCUGGCCCUGGGCAGCUGCCAAGCGCCCGGUCCAUCGGCGCCAGUCUGUAUGCCGUCGGCGGGGGGCCCUCUUCACAUUACAUGCCGUCGGCGGCCGCAGCAACAGCAACACCCGCAAACCAUGCGGCACUUUCCCUGCAUCCCGCCGCAUCGCAGCACCUGGCCCUAGCACGGGGGUUCAGUUCGCCGGACUUGCGGUCGGAUGUGCUGGCGCGUAUGCGCUUCGGCGAGCGUCCCCCACGGCCGGAGGAGCUGCUGGCCCUGUUCAAUGAGCGGGCAUCCACCUCGCUGGAAACCGCGGCAUAUGCCGUGGCCGCCGACCUGUCCGACCGGCGGCCCUUCACGACGCUGCUGUCUUCACGGGCCGCUGCCACGCCCCCCCGGCCCAACCCCCUGGUCCAGUCGAAGCCGGCCGCGCCAUCCACCUCGCACUUUGUGCUACUGGAGGACCUGACCUUCGGCCUUCGAGCCCCCUGCAUUUUGGAUCUGAAGAUGGGUACCCGUCAGCAUGGGGCCCACGCCACGGCCGCCAAGCGGGCCAGUCAAGUUCGCAAGUGCCUCUCCACGACAUCGGCCUCGCUGGGCGUGCGCAUGUGCGGCAUGGAGGUCUACGAUGCCGAAACCGGGGAGUAUCACUAUCAGAGCAAGUAUGACGGGCGAAAGCUCAAGACGCGCGAGGACUUCCGCCGAGCCAUCCGCACGUACCUGACCACCGGCGGACGAGCCAGCCUCUAUUGCUCGUCCUCGUCGGUGGCCUCGUCCCCGCGGCCGGGCUUUGCCAGCGGGCCUCCCGGAGCAAUGGCCGACGGCGCGGUCGCCGGGGCCGGCGCCAGCCAGGGCACCCGUGCCAACCCCCGUGCCCGGCCUCUCCCCAGUCAAGUGUCCGGCCUGCAAUUGCAGUUCAUCCCGGCCUUCAUCGACCGACUGAAUCAGCUGUAUCGUGUGAUUGAGUCGCUGCCGGAAUGGCGCUUCUAUGGGAGCAGUCUGUUGUUGAUCUAUGACGGGCAUCCGGAGUCGGCCGCCGGCGGGGGGGUGGUGCUGGCGGCCUCCGAGGCGGCUCCGAGCCAGGGGGCCACCCCGGCGGCUGCCAUGGCAGCCGCCGGCCUGCCCAUCAGCCCGGACCUGCUGACCAGUCGCGAUGUGGACCUGCGGAUCAUUGACUUUGCCAAUUCCGUGCAUGUGACGGAUCGGCUGCGCCGGCGCCGGCGCCGGCGGUGGCUUCGUCGCCGGCGCGAGCUCAUCAGCGUGCCGGAGGAGGCGGCGGCCGCGGCGGCGGCCGAGCGUCUCCAAGUGUGUCCCCUCCGGCCGCUGGGGAUUUCCCCGGCGGCAGGGCACUUUGACCCAUCGGAUCUUGACCACAUUGGCCCGGUUGGCUGUGAUUUGGACAUCCUGGACAUCGCGGCACUGGAGUCCUAUGGGUUUGGGACGGAGUAUGACUUCGACCAGGCAGGGACCGCCGGAGAUGGGGCCGAUUCCUCGUCCUGCGAUGAGGCCAGCGAUUCGGAGACCGGGGCGAUGAGCCGGCGCCCGCCGCGGCCACCUACGCCUGCGCCUGCACUUGCCUCGGUGCCUGCACCCCUGGAGGAGGAUGAAGAGGACGAGGGGUGGAUUACCUUCGGUAAUCACCUGGCCUCGGCCGGGGCGGCACCCAGCACCGGGGGCCCUCCCUCCUCCUGCGGUCCUGAUGCCGGGGGCCGGCCGCCGUUGCCCUCUUCCGCCGGUGGCGGGGGGCGGACAUCCACCCCGUCGUCGUCGUUGUCGUCGUCGUCGUCAUCGAGCCAUGACCCCGCGCCGGCCCGUCCAACGGGCAAUGAUGACUGGCGCCUGACGGCCGAUCAGGGCUACCUGCUCGGGCUGCGGAGCAUCAUCCAGGCCUUUGAGGAUAUCCUACUGGAGGAGCUCUGUGCGCAGCAGGGACAGGGCGAGGUCGCGGCCAGGGGCGUUCUUGGUGGACGGCUGCCGGCCUAG